AGUGAGUUCCCUCCUCGCAUUGCUUUCUCCCACUCACUGCACUAACCUUAGAUUCACUACAUCCUUCAUCUACAAUGGCAGCCCUCAAAGGCCUACGCUCAACCUACCGCCUGAACUCCGGCCAUGAAAUUCCCAUUCUGGGAUAUGGAGUCUACAUGAUCCCCCAGUCCCAAACGGAAAAGGCCACCCUUGACGCACUCAAAAUCGGCUACCGUCAUGUGGACUCAGCAAUCAUGUACCGCAACGAAAAAGCCUGCGGCCGCGCCAUCGCAAACUCCGGCCUCGACCGGUCGGAGAUCUUCUUCACUACCAAGAUCCCCCCGGAGAAGAUGGGCUACACUCGCACCAAGAAGGCUAUUGACUCCAGUCUGCGCGAGGCUGAGCAGGAGUACUUUGACCUCAUCCUUAUUCACGCCCCCUACGGCGGCAAAGAAGACCGCCUCGGCUCCUGGCGAGCGCUAGUGGAGGCCCAGCAAGCGGGCAAGACGAAAUCCAUCGGGGUUUCCAACUACGGGGUCCACCAUCUGGACGAGCUGGAGGAGUACAUCAAGCAUGGUGGCGGUGGGCAGAUCGACGUCGGACAGUACGAGUUGCAUCCCUGGUGUGACCGCCCCGAGAUCGCCGAGUGGCUCCAGAAGCGCAACAUCGUCGUCCAGGCCUAUUCGCCUCUGGCGCACGGGACGAGGAUGGGCGAGCGAGUACUCAAGGAAUUGGGCCAGAAGCAUGGCAAGUCGCCAGCGCAGGUCAUGAUCCGGUGGGGGUUGCAGAGGGGCUUUGUCCCCCUUCCCAAGUCGGUGACACCCAGUCGGAUCAAGGAGAAUGCCGAGGUGUUUGAUUUCGAGCUGUCAGAGGAGGAUAUGAAGGCAUUGCAAACGGGGGUCUACUCGCCCACGGACUGGGAUCCGACGGUGGAUUAUGAUUAGACAGCUGUGUGCAUGAGAUGGGGCAUACCCCCAAAAUCAAUUUCCAGGGAAGGACGAUAGUCUAUAGACAUGAUCGACCAGACUGUGAGGUUGUUAUCAUAGGAUGUACCGUACAGACCAGAGAGUAAAUGAGAGUAGAUGUAAG